AUGCCAUUAUUAACUAUAUCAAAUUCAAUAAUUGAAAGUUUAACCAAGAAUGAAAUUUUAUCAGAUGUUGUUCAAGAUCAAAAAUUUGAACCAAAGGGUUUAUUAACUAUAAGUUAUGGGAAUUCAAAUGAAGUUGCCCUUGGUAAUACUUUAGGGAUUGAAGAUACUCAAACAACACCAAAGUUCCAAUUCACAUUCAAUCCAACAAAUAAAGAUUCUUCAUCAACAUUGGAGGAAAUUAAAGAUACAGAUUUAUUCACAUUAAUCCUUACAGAUCCAGAUGCCCCAUCUCGUACAGAUAAAAAAUGGUCAGAAUAUGCACAUUUCAUUCAUACCAACUUAUUAUUAAAAUCACAAUCAAAUGCAUCACAAGAUUCUGAUUUUUUUUCAACUGAAUUGAAUUUAGAUUCUCAAGGUAAAGAAUUAUUAAGUUAUCAAGGUCCUGCACCUCCACAAGGAACUGGGAAACAUCGUUAUGUUUUUUUGUUGUAUAAACAACCUCAUGGUGUUGAAGAUUUAAAAGCUCCAAAAGAUCGUAUUAAUUGGGGGUAUGGAGAACCUGCUACUGGUGUUGCCAAAUAUGCUAAGGAGAAUGAUUUGGAAUUAUAUGCUGUUAAUUUCUUCCAUGCUGAGAAUAAAUAA